AAUGGGCAGUCCUCUGACGGUGCUGAAAAAAGCCAUUUUCUGGCGCUGCUGCAGAUUCUUCCCGAGUGUGGAGCUGCUUUAUUUGGUGUGGACCGCGCGCGCGUGUGUGUGUGAGCUGAGGGGAACUUUGAUGUCACAUCAGAUCUGUCCACAUGGAGAAAAUGCAGCCCAACCGGAUAAAAGUCACAGAUCUGAACCCACACCUCACGUGUCCACUGUGCGCCGGCUACUUAAUCGACGCGACAACCAUCGUCGAGUGCCUGCACUCCUUUUGUAAAACCUGCAUCGUUGCCUUCCUGGAGACAAAUAAGUUCUGUCCUCGAUGUGACGUCCAAGUCCACAAGACGUGUCCACAGCUCAGCAUCAAAGCGGACAAAACUCUACAAGACAUUGUUUAUAAGCUUGUUCCAGGUUUAUUCAAAGAUGAGAUGAAACGGAGGCGAGACUUUUACGCAGAGAACCGUGAGCUGGAACCAGGAGAAGUCGUGGAGACGUUUAACAUCGCAGAAGAUGAAAUCAUCAGUCUGUCCAUACAGUUCUACGAGAGGAACAAAAACAAUGACAAGCAGCGCUCAGAAGUGGAAGGAGACAAGGCCAACGGGAAACGUUUCCUGCAGUGUCCGGCAGCCAUGUCUGUCAUGCACUUAGCAAAGUUUCUCCGGAGCAAGAUGGAUAUUCCCAACAACUACAGGGUGGAGGUGUUGUACGGAGACGAGCCCUUGAAGGAUUACUACACACUGAUGGACAUCGCCUACUUCUACGAGUGGAGACGAACUGGACCCAUCCCCUUGCAGUAUCUGGUCAAACCCACCCGGAAGCGCAGGAGGCCGUCCCAGUCUGCUGCUCAGGGUCACUCUGACGGCGUCAACACCAGCCCGACGUCGGAGAGCGACUCCCAGAGCGACAAAGUCCACAGUCCGGCGGCGGCGGCGCCACCACCGCCCCGACCCUCCUCACAGACCAUCCCCGUCUCCCACAAUCCGUCUCCUGCCAUCCAAAGCUCCAACGGCACCACUGUGCCCAACAACAACAACAACAACAACAGCAGCAACAACAGCAACAACAGCAACAACAACACUCAGCGACACACGCUCACCUCCAAACAGGGCGCAGGUACUCGCAAGGUGACUGUCAACGGCACAAGCUCUGGAACGGGCAAAGAGGAGGCGAGGGGAGGCAACAAAAGUGGUUUGCCCCCGGCAACCUAACACUGUGCGUGUGUGUGUGUGGGGAGCAGCAGGAGGACAGUGUUUGAAUUGCUCCCGCGUUUCUUUCUUUCUUCAGAGUAGAAAGAGGAGGAUGACGUCUCCUCGUGGACAAACCAGAUCAUCACGUUUGAAACACAAAGACUGAAAGUACAGCCAAAUAAACACUCGUAUGUGUGUGUGUGUGUGUGUGUGUGUGUGUAUGUAUGUGUGUGUGUGUGCGCGCGUGUUUAUGUGUGUUAGACUAGAGCGGUGCACACAUACAAACUGUACAGUAUGUAUCAAAUCUGAGCAUGUGUGCAUACAUAUGUAUAAACCUAUCUUUUAUACAAGAUAUUGUAAUGGUUUUGUAUUGUAUCUGCAGUAAGUCUCUUUCCAUUUCCAUUGUUAUCUCAACGUCGGUUCGGCUUCCAUUAAAAACAUGCUUAAAAAAGAAAGAAAGAAAGAAGAGAAGGCGUCGCAGUGCAGUUCACUGCAGAGGUUUGAUGUAAAGAAAGAAAAAACCCGCUGAAUAAUCUGUUUUGUCUUGUUAAUAACUGCUGUAUAAAUGUCCAGUAAAAGCACUCAUCGCUCACAUUA